UUUCGCAUGAAGAAGACUCUCUCCCCCCUUCACUCUCUCUCCCCUUCGCCAUCGUCGUCGCCGCAGCUCAUCGUCGUCAUCACCGUCGUCGCCGUCGCCGUUCGCCUCGCUCUCGGCUCGGAAUUCGAAUUGGGCCUGCCCUUCCAUGGUGAUCGCGCGCGACCCAGAGGCGUCGAGCGGCUCGAUCUCCUUCCUCGACCCCCGGAAUCGCGAUGUUAGCCAAAUGUAGAGGAGUAAUUAUGGAGUGUGGGAUGUGAGUCGAAUGAAUGAUAGGCAUGGCUAUGGAAGACGUAACAGAGAGAUUAGCUACUCUGCAUAGAACGCGAAGGGAGCAGGAAAGAGAACGACGCCGGAUGCGGGAUAGGCAAAGGAGACAGUCUAUGACUCUUGAACAGAAGGAAAAGCAUCUUGCUAGACGCCGCAGGAAUUAUCAGCUCCGAAGGGAGAGAAAACAUCAGGGAUCGGAUCAUCAAUCUGGCCAAACAGAUACAGCUUUGGAACAUGGAAAUACUGGAAGAAACAAUAGACAAAUGGAUCAUUGUGUUUCGCAAUUGACUGUGCAAUGUGAUCGUGCUGUUCCUGCAGGGGUUAAUCAAGUUCUUCAAAACAUCGGUGCUGAAAGCUUGAGGUCCAACGGUGGCACAGAGUGUCUUACCUAUGAUUUAGCUAAAAUUCAAAAAAGGUUGCGUCUAAUUCACGUUAAGCAUUUUGCACGAUCCUUAAAGCGUCCCUUGGGUGAGCUUACUAGCAGUAAUAUCCCUAUUGUAGCAAAUCUCAUCCUGAAAGGAACUACAGAGGCUAAGUGUAAAUCAAUGACAGGAGUACGUCUAAAUCGUCUCAAACGGCUCGCUCGGACAGCUAAUUCUGUGCCAAAUGAGGCUUCUGAGAAGAACGACCACGAUGAAACACAAGGGCAACUGAAGCCAGAACUUGGAGAGGUUCAGCCAAAUGGGGAUGAAAUGCCAAAAAUGCCGACUGACAAUGUUGUAAUUGAAGAUAAAAACUGCUCUGAUGGAAAUCAUGAAUGACUCGACUUUGGAGUCAUACCAUGUCUUAACGGAUUGAUAAUCGAGAGGAGUUUCUUGGUCAGAAAAGAUGAAUUAGUUGAUUUUCUAUUCUGCUUGAUUCUCCUAUGGAAGUGAUGGAAGCUAGAGAGGAGUAGUUAUUGUAAGUUCUCUGUGUGGUGACUAUUCUUAGGAUAGGACUUGACUUGGUAAGCUGCAGUGAAUUUAACCGAAACAAGAUCCAGGGUUAUUAAAGAAUCGGCACUUGAGGUUACUAAAUGCUAACAAUCGUUGAAUUAUCAAGUCCCUAUCCAGCCCUUUAGUGUUCCGAAGUAUUUGAUGUCUGUUAUAAUCAUUUGCACAAGGUUAGUCGGCAUGUCUUGUUGGUGUUCUGUAGACCUUGUUCCUAAAGAUGACACAUUGAAAUUUUCCAGAUGUUGACUUCCAGAAACUUUUUCUACUUGGCAUCUAAUUUUUUAUAUUUAACUUGCUAAAUUUGGUCUGAGCGGUUGCUGUCUAUCCAAGGUUCUGUCUUUAUCGAGGCAAUACAAGCCAUAGUUCUCAAACUUCCAUGACUGUUGAUGCUGCCAGUUUCAUUUCUCGUUACCUAACUCAAAUUGCAUUCCUGUGCCCAGCCUGGGCUCGUCUGAAUCUUUUGUUCCGUUUUUCCAGGACUUUUACGGCGGGAGUAAUGGAAAAUUUUGGAUGAAAGAACAGCCCGAUGCUUACAGUGUUGGGCAAGUCUCUCCUUGACAGAUAGGAAUGCA